UGUUCCCCGGCACUUGAAGGGGGCGGACGGUGAGACGGCGCCACGAUGCCGGUGGUGAUUCCUCUGAACGAAGCGAUGGAGCAGAUGAUAUUGCUCACCAUGGAGAUGCUGGUGGUGACGAUACACAUGCUGACCGUCACCAUGGAGAUGCUCAUCGUGAUGAUGCGCAUGCUGACGGUGCUUAUGGUGCUGAUGAUGCGGUUGCUGCUGGCGGUGGCGACGGCGCCCGUGGCGGUGGUGGUGGAGGCGCGCGGGAUGGCGCGUCGGGCGGGCCCGCUGCUGAUCGGCGUGGUCUGGCUGAUCGGCCCGGGCCUCGCCAACGUCCAGACGGCCGAGUUCAACAAAGUGUACAACGGCUCGGUGAUGAACGGCACGAGCGCCGUGUACGACUACAGCUACGUCCUCAACAAGACUGCAGCAGUGCGCGUGUGGGUGCAGAGCAGCUGGAACGACUCGACCGCCCCUCUGCUCUUCGUUGUUCAGCAGCAGCAAGGGGUGAUGAGCUGGCAGCUUCCUAUAGUGCUGCGGGGCACCACGGGAAUUCCCUUCCUCUACCUGGAGGCGGGACGCACUCUGUGCACGCCGGAGCUGGCCGUGGAGCCGGGCCGCAGGCCACCUGCGGCGCCCGAGCGCCGAUUCACGGUGACCGUGGGCUCCCAGGCCUCGCACGUCAUCAGCUUUCAGCUCAAGGCCCACCACCUGUACCCCUUCAUCCUCAAGGCGGGAGAGAUGAAGUCACUGAACGCCACACCUUCGCAGCCACAGUACCUGCUGUACGAGUUCCGGGACGGCGAGGACUCGGUGGUGGUGGAGGUGCAGGCCCGUGGCCUGCGCCGAAACAGCACCCUGCCCUGCAGCGUCCUCUCUGUGCAGGACGUGGGGUGCCCUGUGAACGACCUGGACCAGAACGUCGACUUCUCCGGGGUUUACCAGACGAUGACGUCGCGGGCAGCCAUCACUGUGCAGAAGAAGGACUGCCGCUCCGGGCAGUUCUUCGUGGUGUUUGUCGUGAAGGCGGACGACGUCACCUGCGGUGGACCCACCCCGCUCACCCCCAUCAAGCCAGGAGGGGUGGUGGUUGACAGCCAGGCUCACAUCAAAAUGUUCAACGUGACGGUGAAAGGAACGGCCUCACCGCACGCAUACAUCAACGCGGUGGUGUUUGGCUGCAGCCUCUUCCUGCCGUUCUACCUCAUCGCCUUCAUCGCCCUCGGCCUGCAGCAGUGGAGGUCCCGCCUGUACGGGGACAUGACCCUGGUGGAAACUGCGAGUCCUGAGGAGCAGAGUCAGGAGGUCAUGGUGGAUCGCACUGAUGCAACCUCCUCCUCCGCACGGAGCGACUACGGCUCCAUCAGCACUCCCGUGGCCAACGACGGGGCGGCGAACGUGGAGGUGGGGGUCGCGGGGGGUCGCCGCUCGGGCCGCGCCAAGGCUGCGGGGCCGGCGGCGACGAGGCUGGAGAGUUCCUCGUCGGAGGAGGAGGGCGAGGAUCUCUCCGAGGACGAGGACCAGGACUACGACACCCUGGAGGACGUGCUGAGUGACAAGAACGUCAUCCGCAGCAAGGCGUGUCUGUACGUGUCAGAUCUCUCUCGAAAGCGAGCGACCGUCAUCGGACGCAAGUACCGCAUCUACUGCUGGAACCUGCUGACGGUGGGGGUGUUCUACGUGCUGCCCGUCAUUCAGCUCGUGCUCACCUACCAGAACGUGCUGCACACGACCGGCGACCAGGACAUCUGCUACUACAACUUCCUGUGUGCGAGGCCCUUGGGGAUGCUCAGUUCGUUUAACAACGUGUUCAGCAACCUGGGCUACUUCCUGCUGGGGCUGCUCUUCCUGCUGAUCGUCGGCUUCCGGGAGUUUUCCCACCAGCUAGCCGUCCGGAAGGAUCCCGCGCACCUCCAGGACCACGGCCUCCCCAAGCACUUUGGCCUCUUCUACUCGAUGGGCUUUGCGCUCAUGAUGGAGGGUGUGCUCAGCGCCUGCUACCACGUCUGCCCCAACUACUCCAACUUCCAGUUCGACACGGCGUUCAUGUACAUCAUCGCGGGGCUCUGCAUGCUGAAGCUCUACCAGAAGCGCCACUCGGACGUCAACGCCAGCGCCUACAAGGCCUAUGCCUCCUUCGCCGUUGUCAUCUUCUUCGCCGUGCUCGGCGUGGUGGUGGCGAAGAGCGCCGUGUGGUUCUGGAUCCUCUGCACCAUCGUCCACAUCCUGGCGGCUCUGGCGCUCAGCUUCCACAUCUACCACGUGGGGCGCUGGAGGUUCAGCCUGGGUAUUUUCCGGACGAUAGCGCACGUGUUCUACACGGACUGCAUCCGGCAGUGCAACCGGCCCAUGCACAUGGACAGGCUCAUUCUGCUGCUGCUCGGCAAUGCUUUUAACUGGUCCUAUGCGAUAUGGGGCAUGGUGUAUCGGCCGCGGGACUUCGACAGCUACCUGCUCGCCAUCUUUAUGUGCAACCUGCUCCUCUACUCGGCCUUCUACAUCAUUAUGAAGAUCCGCAGCGGGGAGUCUAUCCGCCCGACACCACUGCUCUGCAUCCUGGCAGCUUCGGUGGCCUGGGGCUUCGCGAUGUACUUCUUCUUCCAGGGGCUUACCAGCUGGGAGGAGACCGCCGCACAGUCUCGCGAGCGCAACAAGGAGUGCGUGCUGCUCAAGUUUUACGACCACCACGACAUCUGGCACUUCCUCUCCUCCAUCGCCAUGUUCUUGUCCUUCAUGGUGCUGCUGACGCUGGAUGACGACUUGGACUCCACUCGGAGAGACCGGAUCCUCGUCUUCUGAGCGCCGAUCCACGUGGAGCCCCUCCCCUUGGUCCCCCCUGCCUCACCAUGGAGCCCCUCCCCCCGCUCCCCCCUGCCUCACCAUGGAGCCCCUCCCCCCGCUCCCCCCUGCCUCACCAUGGAGCCCCUCCCCUUGCCCCCCCUGCCUCACCAUGGAGCCCCUCCCCCCGCUCCCCCUGCCUCACCAUGGAGCCCCUCCCCCCACUCCCCCCUGCCUCACCAUGGAGCCCCUCCCCUUGCUCCCCCCUGCCUCACCAUGGAGCCCCUCCCCCCGCUCCCCCUGCCUCACCAUGGAGCCCCUCCCCCCGCUCCCCCUGCCUCACCAUGGAGCCCCUCCCCUUGCCCCCCCUGC